UCUCACUAGAAAGGAAACUGCAUAAACUAUAAAGGAUUCACAAACCAUAAACUGCAUAAACUACGGUAUAAACUAAUUAUCUAUUGUUUACGAAGAACUGUCGCAAAUAAUUCCUGUUGCUUACUUUCCUGUUUCUUACUAUGUUUAUCAGUAAAAUAACUUAAAUUAUACCUCAUUAUUGCUUGCUACUUCUGUGAUAGAUUGUGUUCAGUAUGCUGUUAUCGGCAUGAAUUCAAGGAAGAUCCUGCAGUACUGGAAUCUUGGUCGCUGUGAUUACAAGACUGCACUGGCACUACAAGAAACAUUGGUUUCUAGACAUUUAAAGGCUACUGCGGAGCAUGCCCCGCAAUCUGCAACCCAGGAUAUCCUUCUCCUUGUUGAGCACGAUCCCGUGUAUACGGUCGGGAUUCGUCGCAACGAGUACACUCAAGUGGAUGAAGAGCUCCUACGCCAGAAAGGCGCUCAGCUGUUCCAUACCAAUCGCGGGGGAUUGAUCACUUUCCAUGGACCUGGCCAGCUCGUAGCCUACCCGAUCCUGAACCUGCAGCACCUCCGUCCCAGCGUGCGCUGGUAUGUUUGCCAGCUGGAGGAAGUGCUGAUUCGGACUUGUAAAGACUUCGGAGUUGUGGCGGGACGCACUGAGCAUACGGGUAUUUGGGUGAAACGGGCGAAAAUUGCAGCCAUCGGGAUAAAUUGCCGAAGGUAUAUUGUUUCCCACGGAAUCGGAUUAAACUGCAGUACGGAUCUGAAAUGGUUUGAUCACAUUGUGCCGUGUGGUUUGGAAGGGUACUCAGUCACGUCGCUGUCACAAGAAACGGGAAAAUUGUUGACUAUUCCCGAUGUCGUACCUGUGUUUGUGAAAAACUUUGCCGAAACAUUUGGUGUAACAACCGAAGAAAUUACCAAAACCGAUUCUGCUAAUCUGAUGCGUAUUAGCAACAUGAAUUUCGAUAAAAAUAAGACAAAUUUAACAAACAAAUAUUGACAAAUGAUAGUGAUUUUAGUUCGAUGUUUUUUAUUUGAAGAUUAAAACGAGCGAG